AUGCUUGAAGAAAAAGAUGGAGAAAUUAAGUUUACAAACACUUUUUCUGCAACGGAUGAUGAGAGAGUAACUUCAGUGUUGGAAUUUAACAAAAUAAAAAUUCAGGGGUAUAUAAGAAAUAUAAAAAUAGAGGAUUUAAAAUACCUGAGAAGUAUUGAAACAUUAAAUUUAGCAAACUUUUAUUUAUUAUAUUUUUAUUUAAAAGACAUAUAUUAUAUUUUUUUUCAUUUUAUUUGUGACCUAAGUAAAGAAAAUCUAAUUUCCCUAAAGAAAAAAGAUGAAAUAAAAAAUUGCUUCAUAUUUAAUACCACGAUUGAUAAUUAUGAUACUUUCAUAAGUUCACUAAAACUUUUAUUUGAAAAAAAUUCUGGAAUAAAUAAAAGGGGGGCUAUAUCGGAUGCCCCAAAGGGGUCACUACAAUCUGGAGAUAUAAAUAGUAAGAAGGAAAAAAAUGAUGCAAAUACAAGUGCAAAUAUGAAACAGUGGGGAAAAGGGAAACAUGAAAAAAAUGAAAAAAAUGAAAAAAAUGAAAAAAAGCAAAUGACCGAGAGCGAAAGUAAAAAAGCUAGCUCUUCCCCAUACGUAAACCAACUUUUAGACACAAUAUAUACAGAGGAUAUAAUGAAAAGAUAUAAUAUUGAUAAAUUAAUAAAUGAUAAAAUAAAAAAAGAAAAUAUAUUUGAAAAUAAUUAUGUUAAGUUGAAUAAUAAUUUAUCUAUCUAUAAAUUAUCAUAUCUAUAUUUUAAUGACAAAUUAAAACGAAUAAGAUUGGACUAUAACUUUCAUUUAAUAUUAUCAAAUAAAAUUAGAUAUAAAAAACAAAAUAGUAAACAUUUUGGAAAAAAAACAAAACAAAAUACAGCCAUACUUGAAGAUAGCGAAAAAAAUUUCUUUCAUAUAUAUGAACGGCUAUUUUUGUUGUAUGUCUCACAUUUUAAAUAUUAUAUUUUUUCCUUUUUCCUUUAUUUCUAUAUAAAAUAUACAAAUACUAAUUAUCGGCUUGAUGGUAAAAACAAUGAAUCAUAUUAUCAAAGUAAUAAUAAUAAGAAUAAUAAGAGUUUUGAAUUUUUGUAUAACAAUGAUGAUAAUUUAAAAAAUCUCAGUAGUGUUAUAUCUCACAUUUUAACCUUUAUAAAUAAUGUUUUAAAUAAUCUAAAUGAUUUAUUAAGUGAUAAAAAAAUUUCUAAUGAUAAGGACAAAUCAUUACAAGGAGAAAAUGCAGAACAUAAAAUAUAUACUACCAAAAUAAUUAAUAAAUUGUUAAGGCAAAAAUUAUUUUUCAAAUAUAUUAAAAUAGAACAUAUUGACCUUGCAUUGUCAUGUAUUGUUUUGGUGAAUAUAUAUAGUCAGGAUUAUGCACAUUCAUAUUUUUAUUUAUGUAAUAUUUAUACUAACUUGAUGCAUGCCUUUCCAAAAUACAACGCAUCGAUAUCUCUAUGGAAAAAUUUGCGUCGAGCAAACUACUUCCGUUUCUUUGCGGACAUGGAGAAGAUAUCCUUAAUAGAACGAUGUUCACUUUUUUUUAACUUGAAAAACAUUAGAUUAGAUUAUUUAUAUAGCAUUUUAAAGUCAGCAAAUAAUAGGAAUAGGUACUCUAUCAAUAUAAAAUUAAUUGACGAAUGCCUAUAUUUCCACAACAUUGAAAGGACAACACAUUUUUUAAAUUGUUUACAAAUACAAAUAAAAAAUGAAAAAAUGUCUUUCAAUAUGUCUAAUCGUGGAUCUGUAGAAAACAAUGAUAGAUGCUUUUUAUUAGAUAAUAAAAAUGAGUGUCUUCAAAAUUUUUUUAAAACAUAUAAAGAGUCCAUUGAGGAUUAUACUUAUAUUAUAUAUCAAGAAAAAAAAUUUGAUCAUCAAAAAUGUUUUUCCAAAUUUGACAUAUCCAAUAUAAUUUGCUUUGGAAUGUAA